AAGGCCAAGGGGACAGAACGUAAUGACAUCACCAGGAAGUCCAUUGUUUACUUUUAGCACAGCAGGCAGCGAGCUCCUGUCCUCUAUCUGUCUGUCUGUCUGUCUUUCUUCCCUCCAUACUUCUAAAUAACUACACAGAAGACCUGUGCAGUCACUAAGCCAUGGCAUUGGCGGGGGUGAAAGUCAUUGAGCUGGCAGGUCUGGCUCCGGCACCGUUCUGUGGCAUGAUCCUGGCAGACUUUGGAGCCAAGGUGAUCCGUGUGGACCGAACCAAAGUUUUCACAACUAUGGACACUCAAGCACGAGGGAAACGUUCAGUCGCUAUCAACCUGAAAACGGCAGAAGGCGUGGCUUUGCUUAGGAACCUCUGUGUUCAAUCUGAUGUUGUACUGGAGCCCUAUCGUAAAGGUGUUAUGGAAAAACUUGGCCUUGGCCCAUAUGAGUUACUUAAAGAAAAUCCUGCUCUGAUCUAUGCUCGGUUGACGGGAUAUGGCCAGAAUGGGCGUUACGCUGCAGCAGCUGGACAUGACAUCAACUACCUCGCCAUGUCAGGCCUUUUAUCCCGACUGGGUCGCAGUGGAGAGAAACCCUACGCUCCUCUAAAUCUUAUAGCAGACUUUGCUGGUGGUGGCCUUACAUGUGCUCUGGGGAUUGUCUUAGCACUGCUGGAGCGGACAAAGUCGGGGAAAGGGCAGAUCAUUGAUGCCAGCAUGGUGGAGGGAGCAGCAUUUACAGGUUCCUUUUUAUGGAAGUCUCGUAGUCUUGGUAUCUGGAGUCGUCCCAGAGGAGAAAAUAUGCUGGACAGCGGAGCCCCUUUCUAUGAUACCUACAAGACCCUGGAUGGAAAAUACAUGGCUGUGGGUGCCAUAGAACCAGAGUUCCAUGAUCAGCUGCUUAAAGGCUUAGAAUUAGACCCUGAAGAGUUGCCUCCUCAGAUGAGCUUUAACGACUGGCCGAAGCUCAGGCAUCUCUUCACAGAGCGCUUCGCUUCAAAGACCCAGGCGGACUGGUCGAGGAUUUUUGAUGGAACCGAUGCGUGCGUUACGCCCGUGUUGUCUUUCGACCAGGUGAGCUCUCACCCUCACAACCGAGAGAGAGGCUCUUUCAUGAAGGACUCCAGCGGGGAAGAGUUCCCCCGGCCAGCUCCGGUUCUGUCUCGGACUCCUGCUGAGCCCUGUCUCGCUUCCAACCCAGAAGUUGGAGAACACACAGUUGAUGUCUUGUUGGAAUACGGCUAUACUUCAGCAGAGAUUGAUAAGAUGUUAGCUGCCGGCAUUGUGCAGUGUAAUGCUGUCAAAGCAAAGCUGUAAAAAAAUAAAUUUUUGCUCUCUGAUGAGCAGACUGAAAAAAGCUUUUACAGAUUGCAGUAAAAAAUAAAUAAAUCUGUGUUUGAGACCAGCUAAAUUUAAAAAGGGGAUGUUGUGUGGUUUAUCUUGACUUGAUAGUGUUGAGAGAAUUCUUUGCUCCCACAGGGUACGCAGAUAUCUUUUAGGUUCUACAGUUGAUCAUGAAUACUUUAUGCAACAGCUAUACCUAACUCUUUAUUGCAUCUCCUGCCUUCUGAAUGAGUCAGUCUUAAAGCCUGGUAGAAAGCACAACCUCCACUGAAAUCCAACCAUGGUGAUGGGUGAUAUAUUACCUAGCUCAGGGUCAAAACAUGACAAAAUAGAUUUGUGGGCCCAGCCUGAAAGAGUGCAGAGCAGCGACAGUACAAAUAAAUAGAAACAUUUUUUUUUUUUUUUUAUCUCUCUGAGGUUAUAGGUUUUUCAUCCUAAAGUCUGAUGUCUCUGUGCCUUGUGCAGUAAGUCUGGGUUUCAGAUGUGUUGCAGAUUUAAUGUCUUUUUAAAACCAAUUCAGAUACAGCAGCUGUGAAAUAGGGUCCAUAUUACAGCAUUUUUUGCUGUCAUUUGGAUGAUUCAUCCCAUUAAAGGAGCUACUGUUGUAUUUUUCUGAUCUGUACACAAAAUGUAGCAUCAGCUGUAGCAUCUGUUAUGACUAAUAAACCUUUCUAGGAAAUA